AAUAUCGGAAAUCCACAGUUUACUGGACUGUGCAGUAAAAAUAUAAUUUCACUGAUGUUUUCUUUUUCAGCGAAGAAAACCUCCGAAUUUAGCGGUAAUGUAGGAUGUUUGUCAUGUCGGUGUAAAUGUCAGAAGUAGAUCGCCUUUUUUUUUGUGAUAUAAUGAAUAGUUCGAUCACUUCCGCUACUUAUAUUCGCAACAUCAGUCUAACUGUGCGUCGGAAAGUGUCCUAUUUUUUAGACCCACAAGACAAGUGGAAAGAUGUUAUUGUGUCGAUAAGGGAUGAAAACGGGGGGUUAAGAUACUCCCAGCAUCAUGUCAGGAGGUUUGAAUGUCUGGUUCGGGAGGGGAAAAGUCCCACAAUAGAGCUGUUGAAUGACUGGGGGACAACCAACAGCACAGUGGGAGAACUUGUGGAAAUUCUGAAGAAUCAGAAAUUACUGGCUGCUGCUAGUGUCCUCUUACCUGAAGAGACUCCUUCAGUAGAGACACGACAGGACUCUGAUGCAAUAGAAAGAGCCAGUAUCCUUCCAACCAGACUACUAGAAGACCCAGAGGAACAUUCACAGCCCGUUCACUCAGUCCUGCAAGAGCUGACUCCACUGGUGAACCACAAAUCAAGUUUCUCCAGUUUCUCAUACAGUGAACUCAUGAAGAUUACAGGCAACUUUGAUGACCGUCCCAUGUCAGACGGAGGCAGCAGACUAGGGGAGGGAGGCUUUGGGACUGUGUACAAAGGUCUUCUGAAUAACAAACCUGUUGCAGUGAAAAAACUCAAUGCAAUGGAUAGCAUCUCACUGGAUGAGCUGCAAGUUCAGUUCGAACAAGAGAUCCAAACUCUGCAGAUGCUGAAACAUAAGAACCUGGUGGAUAUGAUCGGGUUUUCCUGUGAAGGGCAGCAUCCAUGUUUGGUGUAUGCAUUCAUGGCUAAUGGUUCUCUACUAGAUCGACUGGCUUGUUUGGAUGAAAGCCCUCCACUCUCCUGGUGUCAGAGAUGCUUGAUAGUAAUGGGGACGGCAAGAGGCUUGGAGUAUCUCCAUAGCAACCAUCAUGUCCACAGAGACAUUAAAAGUGCAAAUAUCCUGUUAGAUGAAAACUUUGCAGCAAAGAUCUCAGAUUUUGGCUUGACCAGAGCAUCGGCUAAACACUCAUCGACCACGAUGAUGACGGGGAGGAUCGUAGGCACCAGUGCGUACAUGGCACCUGAGGCACUGAGAGGCGAGAUCACACCUAAAUCUGACAUCUUCAGCUUCGGAGUGGUGUUGUUAGAAAUAUUGUCUGGACUCCCGCCAGCUGAUGAAAAGCGUGAGCCCCAGUUCUUGAUGGAUCUGAGGCAUGAUAUAGACGAUGAAGAUGAGGAGCUGACUCUGGAGGACUUUCUGGACAAAAAGAUGAGAGACUGGGAGAUGGGCCAGGUCGAGACUAUAUACUCCUUGGCUUGUAGCUGCCUCCAUGACAGGAAAAAUAGACGACCAGUCAUUACACAGGUGGUGUCAGAGCUUAAAGAUGUCAUCAAAAGCAUUGGAGCAGAUUUUCAGGCUGAGGAUUGAACCAAGUGUCGCAGAGUUUUGGACCCGUCUGAAAAAUAUUUUAGUCUUUUUCUGAAAUAAACUGUUUCAUUUUAUUGUAAAUUAUUCCUAUAGCUUGUUUUACAAUUAAGCCUUUUCUGAAGUUAGGCCACAUGUUGCUUAAAACCCUGAAUAGACUUUUUUUUCUUAUUUA